GAAGAGUGUGUGUCGAAAGUUGAGCCGACUUGACCAAUUGUAAAACGCAUACAAUUUCAAACCGGAGUUUCAGUGGCAUCAAGAAGAAGUGUCACAGGGAGGAAAAUUGAUUGAGCAGAAAGUGAGAGUAGCUGGCACGCAAAAUGGAUGAAUACGCAUCUGAGAGUCUCUUGGCGUGGUUCUAUCCACUCAUAGCAGCCUUCUCCCUUGUCGCUACUGUUACAUUUGCCGUGGCAUGGAAUCACUGGAAGUAUGUCCUGGACACUUGUGAUCCUAAGCUUUUCUGUGGAUGCAUUUUCAAUGCUAGAUCAACUCCCACGUACUUUGUGGGAUCGCAUGUUGCCUACUGCUACUGGGCAACCGUUGGGCCAUUGCUGGGAGCCAUUGUUGCUGUAAUUUUUGGAUCAUACCAUGUCUUUCGGGUGUGUAUGGGGAAAGGACGCGCCAGAACAGGAACAACCACUGUUAAACAAAGGUCAGGCGAUGUAAUUGUCAUGACAACUCGCACUGAGCUCACGGAUGACUCCAUUUCGCCCUACUGGUGGAUCCCCAGCAGCAUUGCCGCCUGCCUCAUGACUCUGUACACACUCACGCACGCUGCAAUGGCCCUGGAUGGCUUUCUGUAUGCGUGUCGGCAGUACAGAAUAGAACUGACCAAGUACAUGAGAGCCACUGGAGCAUUGGUGGAGAGUAUCCAGGGAAGAAUUUCCUGUGCUGCUGUCUUUGACUUUAUGGACUACAUCCAUCCGGAUGUGUCGUACGAUCGUCGCAGAAUUGACAGAAUCAAUACCCCAGCAGCAUUAAUCACUGGUCUCAUUGCGUCCUGGCUCUGUGUGGCCCUCUGGGCUGCCAUUGCCUUCAUCACAAUCCGUCAAGCCCGUAGAAGUCGCAGAGUACGCGUCUAAAGUGCCCCAUUUCACCAUGAUCUCACCCAAUUCAGUGACAUAUUUUGUGCCUUCCUCAGAGCUUUUUUUUUACCGCCGAAUUGUUUGCAACAAUUUUUUUUAUAGCAGAAAUUGUGAACAAUAAACAUUUUUUCCACAAUCAAAAUCCAUCAGUUUUUUUUUUAUUUCCACUUUUUCUUUAUUAUGGUGUGAUUUUUGUACAGAAAAAUUACAAACUUUUGUCCUAUUUAAAUGUCUCUUUCAUUAGAUAUUUCGCAUCGAUUGCGAAAUUUAAAAAAAAACACUAUUUUAUAGAUGAAUGGAAAAAGGGUCAUGUGAUAUACAAAGUAAUAAUGAAAAAAAAAUCAACAUAAUGUACAAUUUGUUCAACGGGUCAUUCCUUAACCAGUAGCAAAAAAAAAACAAUAAUAAGGGAAAUUGAGAAGAUAGUUAAAAAAAAAAACCAACAACUUUUGAAGUAGUCACCUAACUAAUGCUUUAGUGCCCGCCACACAAUUUUUUUUUAACGGUUGCAUUAUUGUUGCGCGGUCUGCGGCAUGGGAGGCGCCAGACGAGACACAAAACUAAUUCCAGCCCGGAUAAUUUUGCUGACAAUGGCAGGCAUUGACGGAUUAUUGGCCAACAUCUCAGCUGCCAGGCGGCACUCGUAGAAGAUGUUCCGCGUGUAGGGAUUGCGUCGCGACGAGUAGCGCAGCGUCAGGAAGUGAUAGUAUAUCAGUGGCGUCAUGAGGCCACCCUUGCCC